AAGCCAAUCAACUUCAGUACUAAGCAUGCCCGGGCAGAUCACAGCUGAUGGGCCACGUGUGGAUAAAGAGAAACAGCACUCUGUGUUACUACGAUUUGUAUGCAAGAGAUGCCGACUGCAAUCACGAUGAAACCACUGCCAGCUUUAGUCACAGUUGUCCACCAACGGGAUACCUUGGUCCCAUUUCACAAAGACCGAAGUGCCUCCAGUGGUAUGCCGUGCUUCCAGUCUUCAGUUGGUUUACCAGAAUGUCCCAAAGGAGUUAUGAAGCAGAAGAAGAGAUUUCAAAAGAGACAGCGCAUUAUGAAGCGCAAAGCAUUUUUAGAAAAAGUUGGUAUUUUAAAAGGCAGAGGGAAUACUGACCAGCUGAAUGGUGUAAAGAAAAAUUCAACAGAGUGUCUCCCUGGCAAUUUUGUUAAACCGGUGCCAGAAGAAAUGGCACAAAAUGGGAACAUUUUGACAACAUCAUCUAGACUCUGGGAGAGUAACACUGGAUUUUCUGCAGGGGUUCUACCUUCCAGUUACCCCAAUACACCUUGCCCUUUUCUGAUGCCCAGUAAGUUGGUCGCAGUUGACUGUGAAAUGGUUGGUACAGGGCCAAGAGGGUGCUGCAGUGAGCUGGCUCGAUGUAGCAUUGUUAGUUAUAAUGGAACUGUCUUGUAUGACAAAUAUAUCAAGCCUAAACAGCCAGUUGUGGAUUAUCGUACCCCCUGGAGUGGCAUAUGGAGUCAUCACUUGCAAAACGCCAUUCCUUUCAAUGAAGCAAAAAAUGAGGUCCUGCAAAUAUUAAUGGGAAAAGUGGUGGUUGGACAUGCUCUGCAUAAUGAUUUUAGAGUAUUGGGUUACUUUCAUCCAACGCAUCUAAUAAGGGACACCAGCAAGCAGAAGAUUCUUCUACUGAAAGCCGGGUUCCCUGCAAAGCAAUCUGUAUCACUAAGGAAACUAGCAAAGGAAUUGCUACAUCAAAAUAUCCAGUGUGGUAGUAGUGGUCAUUGCUCUGUACAGGAUGCCAGAGCAGCCAUGGAACUCUACAAACUUGUAGAAGCCCAGUGGGAGGCAGACGUUCAGUUGAAAGUGGCAAUGGGUGCACAUGAACUUUCAAUUGACCAUAAUGAAUCAUCCAGCCAUUACAUGGAUGACAAGUACUGGCCAGAAGACUUGCAUAAAGACAGCAUUUAAAGUCCGGGGUCAUUGCUGUUGGAAGGUUGUUGAUUUGGAGAAAUGUCCUUACCUUCUGCCUAUUGAGGCUUUUCAGUUUUAGGCAAAAGUUUGCCUAACUACACUAUACCAUUUGCUUUUGAAGCACCUGGAACCAAGCUAAACUUUUAUAUUGCAACAUACAUUCAUGUGUUGAAUUUUACUAGAAUACCAUGUGUCUCUUGGGUGAAUUUUGCAAUUUCAUUAAUAGUGUUUAAAAAAAAAAAAAAAAAAAAGGAUACAAAGAUGUUUUUGCUAAUACUUUCC